AUGAUGAAGCCAACACCAGGAAAUAAUGAUGAUGGGGUUUCAGAACCAACGUCGGGAAAUGAUGAUGAUGGGGUUUCAGAGCCAACGCCAAGAAAUGAUGAUGAUGGAGUUUUAGAGCCAACACCGGGGAUGUUUUUUAAAACUGAGAAAGAACUCAUUUACUACUACAAGCAAUAUGGGAGACAGACUGGAUUCGGCAUAAUGACCCAAAGAAGUAAAAGGGAAGAAGAUGGGACUGUUCAAUAUGUAACAGUUGGUUGUGCUCUUGGUGGUAAGGCAAGGAAACGUAUUACCAACCUUUCUAAACCACGCCCGACAACGAAAACUGAUUGUAAGGUGAGAAUUAAUGCAAGUUUGGUUGAUGGUGUCUUAUGCAUAACUACUGUCUAUAAUGUGCAAAAUCAUGGGUUAAGUCCACAAAAGGCAAGAUUUUUUAGAUUUAAUCAUGCAAUUGAUGAUUUCGUGAAGAGGCAGUUAGAUAUUAACGACAAAGCAGGCAUUGGUAUGGCCAAAAGUUUUAACGCAUUGGUUGUUGAGGUUGGUGGCUUUGAGAAACUUUCAUUUAUUGAAAAAGAUGCAAGGAAUUAUAUCGAUAAGGCUCGACACCUUAGACUUGGAAAAGGAGGUGCUGAUGCACUUCGUGGUUAUUUUGAGAGGAUGAAAUAUAAGAAUGAUGGGUUUUACUAA